GGCUCCAACCGGAAUUCCCGAGUCCCCAGAUCCGCCCCCCACAGGGAAAUUUGCGCGUUCUUCCUGCCCUUCCUCUACAGGCCUUGCUCCUUCCCAAGCAGAUUUUUCUAAAAUACAAAUCCCAGUGCACUCGGCACCCACUUGGAGCAAUUGAGAGCGUUUUCACCAAACGCCGUACAUAUGGCGUCGGAUUGUGCAACCUGAAAACGCUCCUGUUGUUUUUCGCAUCUGUACAGUGGGUGAAUCUUUUUCACUUGACACAGCCAAGCUGUCAUUCCUGUUGAUUUCCUAGAGAUGUCAUUUGUCCAAAAGCGCUGAGGGUUUUGAUUCCCACCAUGGCUAUCACACAGUUUCGGUUAUUUAAAGUUUGUACCUGCCUAGCAACAGUAUUCUCAUUCCUAAAGAGAUUAAUAUGCAGAUCUGGCAGAGGACGGAAAUUAAGUGGAGACCAAAUAACUUUGCCAACUACAGUUGAUUAUUCAUCAGUUCCUAAGCAGACAGAUGUUGAAGAGUGGACUUCCUGGGAUGAAGAUGCACCCACAAGUGUAAAGAUUGAAGGAGGGAAUGGGAAUGUGGCAACACAGCAAAAUGCUUUAGAACAACUGGAACCUGACUAUUUUAAGGACAUGACACCAACUAUAAGGAAAACCCAGAAAAUCAUUAUUAAGAAGAGAGAACCAUUAAAUUUUGGCAUCCCAGAUGGUAGCACAGGUUUCUCUAGUAGACUAGCAGCUACACAAGAUAUGCCUUUUAUUCAUCAAUCUCCUGAAUUAGGUGACUUGGAUACCUGGCAGGAAAAUACCAAUGCAUGGGAAGAAGAAGAAGAUGCGGCCUGGCAAGCUGAAGAAGUUCUGAGGCAGCAGAAGAUAGCAGACAGAGAAAAGAGAGCAGCAGAACAACAAAGGAAGAAAAUGGAAAAGGAAGCACAGCGGCUAAUGAAGAAGGAACAAAACAAAAUUGGUGUGAAACUUUCAUAACAAAAUGUCCUUCAGAUGCAUAGUGCCAGUGGGAGAAAUGUGAGCUCCACAACCCAAGCAACAUUUGUAUGGAGCUAAGAGUAUUUUCAGAAUGCAAAUACAGUGCUUGAUUUUAAUGCAUUCAUCAGGCCAUACAGGACACCAGGAUUCUCUCAAAG